AUGUUUGAACCAGCUACCGCGACCGCUACCUCGACGGCUGUUGCCCAAGACGAUAUGCAGCCGUCUUCGGACUGGGCCGUCAACGACGUGGAGGCAGUCUCGCCCGAGAAAAUGGCCAUCGUCAAUGCCACUGCACCACAACUCAAAGAGCAGGCCAUGGCCAUCACCAUGUCCUUUUACUACAGCAUGAAAGACGUCUACCCGGAGCUGAUUGCCAAGUUCGCCAAACAACCGCGGCAACUGUCGACGGCAAUCAUGGCUUACUGUCAGUUGCUGGACGAUCCGCCAAAGCUGAUGAAGGGGGUGGAGAAGAUCGCCAAGAUACACGUAGACGCAGACAUCACGCCGGAUCUGUAUGCGUUGGUUGGCAAGGGGUUCAUCCAGGCCGUUGGAGAGGUCUUGGGAGAUCAGGCGACGCCCGAAGUGCUGGAAGCUUGGGAUGAUGCGUUCAGGGUCCUCUCCAAUGUUUUGAUAGCUUCAGAGAAACAGCUAUACUCCCAACGGCAAAGAAGAGACACCGUAUCCGUCUGA